GACCCACCUCCUCGUGGUGCUGUUGCUUAAUUAAGAGCAUACCCUUCCCAAGCAUAGUGAGAGCUGUCAUCGCCAUGGAAGGAGACAGCGGCAGCAAAUGCAACAUGCCUCACCUCCUCAUGGUCUCCUUCGCUGCCCAAGGCCACCUCAAUCCACUGCUCCGCCUCGCCAAGCGCAUCGCCGCCAACGGCCUCCUCGUCACCCUCUGCUCCACCGACGACAUCCGCCACCGGAUCUCCUCCUUCACCGCCAACGCCGCCCUUGGCGACCCCACGCCCGUCGGCCGUGGCUUCAUCCGCUUCGAGUUCUUCUCCGACAGCCUGGCCGUCGACGACCCCCGCCGCGGCGACCUCGAUUUCCUCAUGCCCCUCCUCCGAGCGACCGGCCCGCCGGCCCUCGCUGACCUCAUCCGCCGCCAUGUGGACGCCGGUCGCCCGGUGUCCUGCGUCGUGAACAACCCCUUCUUGCCAUGGGUGCUCGACGUGGCCGCCGACUUGGGCAUCCCCAGCGGCGUCCUCUGGGUUCAGUCCUGCGCCGUCUUCACCACCUACUACUGCUACUACCACUCCCUGGUCAAGUUCCCCACCGAGGACAACCCCAACGUCACGGUGAAUCUGCCGGGCUUACCUCCCCUGAAGGCGCAGGAGCUCCCUAGCUUCCUCCUCCCGUCCUCCCCAUACAAGGUGCUGGCGAAGGUGAUCCUGGAGCAGUUCGCCAACAUCUCAAAGGCGUCGUGGGUGUUAGCCAACUCCUUCGAGGAGCUCGAGCACGAGGCCAUCGACGCCAUCUCCCACCGGCUACCCCUCAUACCCGUGGGGCCUCUCGUGGAGCCGGACCACAAGUCGCAGUCCUCCAACAUCCGAAGCGACAUCUUCAAGGCAGGCGACUGCAUGGAGUGGCUGGAGACGCAGGCGCCGCUCUCCGUCGUGUACGUGUCGGUGGGUAGCGUGGUCGUGCUGAGCAAGGAGGAGAUGGAGGAGCUGGCCUGGGGGCUCAAGGACUGCGGCCGGCCCUUCCUAUGGGUGGUGCGCAGCGACGCGCAGGCGCUGCUCCCGGAGGGCUUCAUCGAGGCGACCGCCGAACCGGGGCUGGUGGUGGCGUGGAGCCCGCAGGAUCGCGUGCUCGCCCACCCCGCCAUCGCAUGCUUCGUGACACACUGCGGCUGGAACUCCACGCUCGAGGCGCUGACGGCCGGCGUGCCGGUGGUGACGUACCCACAGUGGGGGGACCAGGUGCCGGGCUCGAAGUUCCUGGUGGAGGUGUUCGGCGUCGGGGUGCGGCUGCGUGCUCCGGCGGCGCGGGAGGAGGUGGAGCGUUGCGUGGACGCGGUGACGCGGGGUGAGGGGGCGGAGGCGAUCAGGGGGAGGGCGGCGGAGUGGAGGGAGGCGGCGACCAAGGCGGUGGCGGAGGGCGGCUCGUCGGAUCGCCACAUCCAAGCCUUUGUGGACGAGAUCCGGAAGAGAGCCCCCGGUGGCGGCCAUGUCGACAGCUAUGGCACGAUUUGAGCUUUCACUGGGUAGCGAACGACAAAUGGGAAACAAAACACGUGGAUACCACACCACACAAAAGCCGAUGUGCACGACACGACCCGUGCGUGCUGUCUGGUUUUUUUACCUUCAUCAAAACUAGUGAUCGUGGUCGAAAUCGGAAGGGUUAGGCCAAGAGGAGGUGACCAUAGAGAACUAAGCAGAUGGCGUGACGUUACCUCUGACCAUGUCACCCCUAAGAUUUUCUCAUGGGUGAUUCAGUCGGCCGGCACAGCCUUUUGUCCCGUUCGCAAGCCUAAUCGAUUGGGUCGAAGGAUGAUUUGGUGUGCUAUAUAGAUAGUAUUAUUUAUAUGCUAUUAUUAAAUAAAUAUAAGUAUUAUAUUUAUAUAAAUAAUCCAAUAAAAAUAUGUUAUCUAGAAAUAAGACUUCAAAUGCUUUUCAA